AUGUACAGAAGCUUAGAUACAGUGGAUAAUGAAAUUCAGUACCGAAUCGAGUUUACCAAUAAACUUACAGCAUCGGGGUUUCCACCACACAUUCUCAAACUGAAGAAAAAACAGUGCAUAGUGCUUCUGAGAAAUUUAGAUGCUACAAAAGGACAUUGCAACGGCACACGCUACAUCAUUGUCAGUUUACAUGAUCAUGUUGUUGAGGCUGAGAUUGCUUCUGGCCCUUAUGCAAGAUCAACUCUGCAAGAAAUCCCAAGAAAUGUAUCUCAAGAAAUGGAAUGUCCCUUUGCAUCUACACGCAAAUACUUUCCUGUCAAGCCAGCUUUUGCCUUGACGCGCAACAAAGCACAGGGACAGACUUUUGAACAAAUUGGAAUAUAUCUUCCGGCACAAUUCUUCUCACUUGCUCAGGUGUAUGCCGCAUUAUCUAGAGUUCGAAAGACGGCUAAUGUAAAAAAUAUUAGCUGA